GGGCAAGCACAGGUUAUUUCUUAUUCAGGGUGUUAUUCGCUCCACCUGAGCAGACUUUCCAAAACUUGAAGGAGGCGAGCUAACAAAAUGUUAAGUUUAGGGAGCGGCGGCGGUAAAGCAGCAAAGCCGUCAUUUAUCUCUUACGUUACCCCUGAGGAGAUAAAAAUAAAAGAUGGAGAAAUUUCAAGAAAAGAGAAGCAGCCUGAUUUGCAGCCAGGAGAAGUUAUUUUUUGCAGUGCCUAUCCUGUGUUGAAGUGUGAAGGGCCACAGCGUGGGGUCUAUGGGACACUCUGUUGUACAAACUUCAAAAUAACCUUUAUUAGCGAGGAAUCCCUUUCUGAAGAAACAGCACCACCUUUGAGCAAUAAACUCUUGGGAGAGAACGACAUUGCCCUCAGCUGUGUGGACCAAAUCUAUGGAGUCCAUGAUGAAAAGAAAAAAUUAAUUAUUGGAGGUCAAGUAAGGAACAAAUAUCCUCCAAAACUCUUAAUCUACUGCAAGGAUUUUCGAGUCUUUCAAUUCGGUUUAUCGUAUGCAAAAGAGGAGGAAGCUAAAAAGAUCUUUCAAGGUAUUGUCCAUCAUAGCCUUGAACCAAAGUCUUUAAAGUGUGCCUUUGCUUUUUCUUACUGUGAAAAGGUACUAUACCCUGAAGUCUCAAAGAAAAUACCAGCCACAGUAAUGUUUGAAAGUAAAGACAACUGGAAAUUAGAAGUGAAUCGCACCAGAAGUAGCUGUAAAAUUGCGCACGUCAAUGAAAACUAUGUUGUCUCUGAGAGACUCCCUCAAUAUUUUGCUGUUCCAUUUGCGGUUUCGGAUGAAGAUAUAAGGAAGUUCAAAGGACAAGGUGUUCCUCUUUGGUGCUGGUCUCACAGUAAUGGCUCUGCUUUGUUUAAAAUGUCUGCCUUACCCAAUGUUCAAGAUGAUGGAACUGCACAGGUAUACCGAAUGUUUGUGGACAGGAUGACCAAUGCAGUUUGCCAGAACCAGAUGUAUCCUGUGAAAAUACAAGACUUUUCUUCUGGUUUUCUGCCCCUAUCUGACCUUCAGCAAUCAUACAAUAAAUUUAAGCAGUUCUUCUUGAUUGAUAACACCGCUGAGUUUUGGUUAUCUGAUGUAAAAUGGUUUUCUUCAAUAGAAAAUACUGGAUGGCUGGAAAAAAUACGAGAAUGUCUGAACAAAGCAACAGAAAUUGUAUUGAGUUUGGAAGAGAACAGUUGUGUUUUAAUGAUAGAAGAGGACUGUUCAGACCUUUGUUGUUUAUUUUCAAGCUUGGUUCAAGUGAUGCUGGAUCCACAUUACAGGACUACAUCUGGCUUCCAAAGCCUUAUUCAGAAGGAAUGGGUAGUGGGUGGUCACAGCUUUCUUGAUCGUUGUAAUCAUCUUUAUCAGAAGGAAAAGGAGUCACAAAGUCCAUUAUUUCUACUGUUUUUGGAGUGUGUUUGGCAAUUACUACAGCAGCAUGCGCCAGCAUUUCAAUUCUCUGAAACCUACCUGACGGUUGUGUCCGACAGCGUCCAUAUUCCUCUCUUCAGCACUUUUCUCUUCAAUUCUCAGCACCAAAGAGAUACAGCAACAAAGCUGGAGUACCCCGACUCACAGAGGCACUCAUUGAUGAUUCCUUCAGUGUGGGACUGGUCACUUCAGUUUGAUUGGAAGGUUCAGGCUCUCUUCACUAAUCCACUGUAUGUGGAGAAGCCAAAACAGGACAAGGCUCUUAGGAAACCCUAUCGUCCAAAACACCAGAGGCAGUUCUCUUUACCAAAUUCUUCAUCAAAGCCAUCCCCAAGAAAGAGCUUUUUUAAAGAAGAAACUGAUAAUUUAAAAAAAAUGUUAUCUGGGAUGCGAAUAGGAAAAUGGAUUAACGCGACAGAGAUGCAACUUUCUGCUACCAAACAGUUCUACGAGUCAUGGCAGAGAAAACCUCUGGACUACCAUGGCUUAAUCCUCCCAUGUCUGGAUGGCCCUGCAAUCAAAAUAUGGCUGCAGAGGUAUCUGCGUUGGAUUCCAGAGGCACAGAUCUUUGGAGGAGGGUCCGUACUAACGAUGAAAAAGGUUUCGGACCUUGCCGCAGAGAUAGAGGAUUUGAAGAAUGAAAUGGAGAAGAUGGCACACGACAUGCAUGCAGGCAACACAACAAAGCUUUUUUUCUCAAGCUUUCAUGCACCUACUCGACUAUCCUCCUCUUUUCCAUUUGCGUCUUUACGAACGUGGUCUAUGAGACCAUUUAUACCAACUAGUAUUGUUCAGAGCCUGGGCUCUGUGAGCAACUUGGCAGAGAAGGAGGAUGAGGACACAGAAGGUGUAGUAGUGUUUUAGUAGCCAACAUGUCCAGUUUAAUCUCUUAUAUCAGGAUAAUGUCUCUUCUCUUAUGUGCUAAGUCUUGUUUUUGGGUGUAGAUGACCCAGAAUUUUUCAUGAAGUCAUGCACUGUUCUUGAAAGUUCAGCACUGUUUUUUGAAUUUACUGUUUAAAAAAAAAAAAAAAAA